UGUGUGGAAACAUUUAUAAAAUGCUAGAUAUUUGCAUUUCUUCAAAGAGUAUCUAUUUAGAAUUGUAGAUAUCAGACAUGAUUAAGUUAUAACAAAUAAGGAAUUUAAUACUACUAUAGUGUGAUUGAUACUAUUUAAUGUGUAGUAUAUGCUGAUACUAGUUAAAAUUACAUUGGAACUAUUCUAGCUAAAAUAAUCAAAUGAAUAUGGAAGGAAGUGAUAUCAUAAAAGAUAAGUUGUAAAGUCUGGAUCAGAUAAUUAAAAAAAAUUGUAGAACUGCAAUUUGUGAAUAUGUCUAAGGAUAUAACAGAGAGUCACUAACAAAUUUAGAUAAUUAACAUUAAAGAAGAAGGUUUCACUGACUGUUUAAAUGGAAUGCCACACAAACGGAUAAAGAUGAAAGUAAAAUCAGGAUCAGUUGGCUGUCAGACUUUAAAUUGCUCCAUGCAAUGUGGAACAGUGGGUUGUCAGACACCCAUCAAAUACUUACUUUGCUCAAAAUGCAGAAUGACUCUUGAAGAGGAAGAUGAAAAUCAUAGUAGAAUAGAAGACAACAAUAACUACCAUCCAGACAGAGAAAAACCAAUGAUUCAUCCCUGUGUGGAUCCUCCUGUUUGUGAGAGUUGUCAGAGACUAGAGUUAUCUUUCUUUGAUCCUGGAUGCCCAGGAUGCAAGGAGAUACUAGAAAAUCCAAACACAACCGUCCCUGAAAUUUUUGCAGUAUUACGACAAUGGACACCUCAGACACAACAUAAUUUAGAAUUACUUGUUAAUGAGAUUUUGAAGCGUGGAGCACAUAUCAAUGAUCGAGAUGGCCUUACAGACAUGACAUUACUACAUUAUUCUAGCAAAUCAGGAGCUGCUGGGAUAGGUGAUUCUGAAAUUGCAGCUAAGGUUUCGUCCAUGUUAAUAUCAAAAGGAGCAGAUGUAAAUAUAAGAUGUAGGUGGACCAACAUGACUGCUCUACAUUAUGCUGCAUAUUUUGAUGUGGUACCUGUGAUAAAAGUCCUUUUGAAGGCAACUAAAGCUUUAGAUGUAGAUAGUAUCUGUUCAGAAUUUGACAAUGGUGGUGUCUUACAUAUCGCAGCAUCUAAUUUAGCAUAUGAAGCAAUAAAGGUGUUACUACAGAAUGGUGCUAAUCCUUCAUUAAAAGAUGAUAAAGGACGAACACCAAUAGAAUGCAUUCCAGAUCCUAGUGAUUUAGACUCAGACCCUGAUAUGGGAAAACUAGUGAUCAAAUUAAAGAAAGUUUUACAAGAAGCUAGUCAACCAGCACCUAAAUUACCUCCACCAAAUUAUGAUCUAGUCCAAAGUAAAGUAACUCUACAGUCAUUAGGACUGGACCUGGGUGAUAAAGUUGUGGUCGGGGGAUUAAAGACUGGAACAUUACGAUAUUGUGGACCAACAGAGUUUGCCAAUGGUAUUUGGGCAGGAAUAGAACUAGAUGAUCCAGGUGGCAAGAAUGAUGGUAGUAUUGGUGGGAUAUCUUACUUCCAGUGUCCUCAAAAUCAUGGUAUCUUUGCUCCAGUAAGUAAAAUAGCUAAGCCAGGAAGUACACCAGCACUUCGCCCAUCGUCCGCAUCAUCACCUUCUAAGUCAUCACCUAAUAAAACAGUUCCAGUAGAUGUGUCUAAUGUGAAAGCAAGAGUAGAUACAGGAUUGAAGGGUAGAGCACCAUCGAUAACAGAUCUUGGUGAUAUAGAAUAUGGUGACAGAGUUAUAGUUGCUGGACAACGUAAAGGAACUGUCAAAUAUGUUGGUGAAUCAAAAUUUGCACCAGGUAUAUGGUAUGGUAUUGAAUUGGACCGUCCUGUUGGGAAAAAUGAUGGAUCAGUAAAUGGGGAGCGAUAUUUUCAGUGUAAAACUAAACAUGGUGUAUUUGCUCCUCUCUCCAGAAUACAGAAGUUAGGAGAUAGAAGAUUUAGUUCAAGUGAAUCAUUAGAUGCCAUAAGUUGGGGAGCUGUAUCAGAGAAGGUGGACAGAAGGAGUGGUUCAUUUACUGGCAGAUCAAGAACUCCAAUUAAAAGACCAAAAAGUGGCCACAGCAUAUCAAGAACUCCUGGAUCUAGUUCAGAGUUUAAAUUAGAAGUAGGCAUGAGUGUGUUUUGCAAUAAUGAAUUAGGUAUUGUAAGGUACAUUGGCCCUGCAGAAUUUGGUGAAGGGCUAUGGGUUGGCGUGGAAUUACGAACUCCAAAAGGUAAAAAUGAUGGAAGUGUUCAAGAAAGACGUUACUUUACAUGUAAACCAGAUCAUGGACUACUUGUACGACCAAAUAAAAUAACUGUUCGGGGAAUCAAUGGUGCCAAAUUACUAGGAGAUUACUUUGGGUCCAAGGAAGGAACACCUGAAGAUGUUCGGACUGAUGGAAGAUAAUUGGUCAUGUGAUAUUGGAAGUCUUCAAAAUGCAAUCAAAUACAUUUCUACCUUCAAUAUUUAUGAAUUGUAUAUUUAAAAUGUCUCAUUUCAUUUUCCUUAUUUUUAGAAUAAUGGAGUUAGGUUUCACUUGAUUCUCAAUAUUUAUAUUUGUCUGUAUAGUAUCAUUUUUAUGUUCUAUGGUAUAUAAGUUCAGAUAAUCUUUUUAUUGUUAAGAAUUGUAAACAGUUAAGGAUAACAAAAUUGUUAGUUACAAGUUGAAUUUACAAUUAUUAACGACAAUAUUCAGUUACAUUGUUGUGUUGAAGCAUCACUGACGAAGGGAAAUAAAAAUGAAAAUUUUCCGAAAUGUAUGUUUGAAGAGUUCAAAUAAAAUAACCCUUUGCAUACUAGAUUUAUUAUUUGAUAUUUAAGUCCCGAUGCUCUGGAUAAUAUUUCAAGAAGACUGUAAUAGAAUUGAAAUGUGUUAGUCUCUCAUAAGAUGGAACAACAAUUCUCAACAUUUUAUACAUUAGGGCUGUUCCAAAAUUAAUCAGGUGCGGGCGUGGGAGGCACUCAAAAUAACUAAAUAUUGGUGGUUGCUUUUUCCUUAGAAUUUUGUAAGAAUUAAACAUGUAAGUAAAAUGAAAAUUUUUAUUUUAUGGGUGGUUGGGGUCUUUAAAAAAGUGCCUUCCAAUCCCCCCAUGUGCGUAUUUCCGGAACAUCCCCUUCUCUAAUAAUAGGGAAAUUUUACAUAAGGAUCUGCUUUCGUAUUGUUACAAUAUUCAAUUUAAGAAAAUAUUAUACUUUUGCACAAACUAUGUUGUCAUGUAAUCAGUUAAUGCUAAUAUUCAUUGAUAUGAAUUUUUUUCCUAGGUCAAUUUUUGAAUUUGAACUCUUCAUAUUAAAAUAUCAACUAGAAUAGUUUUGUGGUAAUGAAAUUUACAUGUUGCUUUUGAUUUCAGUUUUCGUUUUCGGAAAUCAGUUACCAUGUAAUGACUAUUCACUUAAAAUUUAAUUUAAUUUAAAAAUUUAUGAUACAAAGAAGUAGUACAGUUAUUAUUGAUUUAAGAUUUAUAUACAUUUUUAUACUGUACAUAAACAUACAUCUGGUGAAAUGUUUUACGAAGUAUUUACAGCUUGUUUAUAUCUUUUUAUGAUAUUUGAUUCGUAAAAUAAGACAUCAAAUGAUUUGGUAAUGAUUUUAAGAUGAUUUUUUAACAAGAAUUCUCUCAACAGACAGCUGUCAAUUUUGUGCAGAAAAUCAUGUCCUUUGCAUGCCAAUAUAUAUAUAUAUAUAUAUAAAUCCAGUUACAUGUUGCAUUUAUUUCUAAAUUUCUGUGGUUUACUGAUUAUGUUAAUUUUUUUUAUUUAAUUUUUAGCUUAUAUUUUAUUUUCUCAUUAAUCAUUAUAAAACCAUUCCAGUGAUAUGAAAAAUUUCAAAAGCUUCAAUAGCUAUAAUCAUAGCAGAAUGUUAUGUUGUCAUAGCUGUAUGUAUUAUUAUUGUUUUGAUAGAUCUAUAAUUAUAGCUAGAGUAAAAAGAUGGGAAGGUAUCAAAUGACUAAUUUAUUACCUGAAUUCAGACAUUGCUGAGUGUCAACAAAUCAUCCAUUUUGGUCUCUUCUGAUUAUUACACACAUUUAAGGCUAUGAUAUCAAUAUUCAAAUCUUUAUAUUUCAUCUUUUCUGAUGUGAUUUUAACUUGUUAUCAUAAAUGGGUUUAAGAGAGAUCAGCAAAAGUUUUCAAUGUUGCUUAAUAUUGACAUAUCAAUAAUAUCAGAUAUCAAUACCAACCUUAUCCAACAACUGUGUUCACCAGAAACAAUUGUCUGUAUGGUAACUUAGCUUUGCUUUGUCCAAUAAUUUGUCUACAUUUGUGCUAUUGGCCAGAAAUACAGGCUAUGAUGGCAGCUAUCCUUUAUAUUAUUCCGAAGUUCUUCACUUUAAAUAGGUAAUUAAGAAAAUGUGUAGUCUUCGGAUAAUAUCAGCAAGCACAAGUUUUCUUUGGAUAACAGUGUUAACAUUUUAGGAAUUAAUAAUUGACCGAUACAGGCUGACCUAGAUUUCACUAAGACACUUUACGUUGAUCAAAAAUUGUCAAAUUGUGAUAUAUAUAUAUACACUACAUAGAUUUCAGGGUUAUAGGUUGACUAUGAAAAUCUUUUUUAUUAAUAUAUUCAUAACAUGAUAAUGAACUUCAACAAAUUGUACAUCGUCAACCUUAUUUGGCAAUAUUUUUUUCCCAUUGAAUUGCAAAAAUUGUUAUUUCUAUAAACUGCUGACACAUAGAAUUAUCUGGUAUUAAUAUAUGCUUCUUUGGUUAUUUUUUGAGAGUUUUAUAUUUAGAAUUUAAUUAGCAAGUAUUAUAUUUGCUCUUUGAGUACCAACAUGGGACCAAGGUACUUGCAUCAUUGAUGUGUAAUGAGUAAUAAUUUAUUUUACUUUUGACCAGCUUUUUCUUUUUUAUUUGCAGAAGAGCUUGCACAUACAUUCCUUUUUUUUCCUUUUUUAAAAAUUUUUGUAAAUGCUUUUAUAGCAGCUGGUGCUGCAAUUAUUGUUAAAUUCAUCAGUGUUGUAAAAUUUUCUGAAAAAGAAACAAAAAAAAUCUCUCACACAAUAUUGUUUAUGUCACAGUGAUUUAUUUAUACAUAUAACUGCCUGUUCCUCUCGUUUGAUUACCUGGCCUUCAUUUCACAAAAAAUCUUGAUUCAAAAAGUCUUUUCAAUUCAGUAUACUUAUGAUCAAUUUUAGGCAUAGUAUUUUUUUGUGAAACUGGAACCUUGUACUGCCACACAUACCAUCCACAUAUAUUUAUACUCAUGAUUCUGGUGCUUAUAUCAUGAAUAAUUUGUGAGAAAAAAUAGUCAAACUUUGUUAAGAUCAAAUUUAUCUUAGUUGUCUCUCUAUUGAUUUUUGGAGAUACUUUCAACAUAUAUUUAUUAUGUGCUUUUAUACAGUUUUUGUUCAACUAGGUCAUUAUCUUAACCAGCUUAAAAUUUUGCAUUUCAGUCCAAGUGUUAACAUUUUAUUUGGUUUAUAAAGGGAAAGGCAUAUGUGUUUUACAAACACAUUAUUAAGUUGAAUUGGCCUUGUGGUAUUUUUAGUUGAAACCAAGGAAUAGAUUGACCUAUGUUUCCAUACAAUUAUUGUUGAUGUUUUAGAUGUAGUUUUUAUUGAGGAAACACAAGAUGACUUUAUAACUUAUACAAUGAUUCAGCAAAAUUUUUAUACAAAUGAAAUUAUUAACUGGAAAGAACUUGAUAUAAAAUUGUUUUGUUUUGCUUGAUUUUAUUUGUAUGAAAUUGGAUACAUAAUUUGUUAAAUGCAUGAGAAAGGAAAAAUUAAAAAAAAAAAUUCUAUAAAAAUCAUAAAAA